AUGACAGACAAGCUCGGCGACCUUCACUUCGAUGCCACAGCAGCAGCCCUCGACAAGAUCACCGACCAAGCCGCCGUCCCCGAAGAUCCCAAGAACACGCUGCACACACCUUCGGACCACGAAAAGUCGCACAAAUGGCUCAAGCGCAUCUUCCCCUACGAUGGCCUCGAGGCGGCAGAAAGCGCCUGGCACAUGGGCAACUACGUCAUGGACCGCAAGACUGGUCAAAAGACUUUUGAGCCCAUGAGCAUCUACGUGCGUGUGGGCAUGCAUGCUCUGUACUAUGGAUCCGAGCAAGAGAAAGCCCUGCACUGGAAACGCACCCUCAAGCUUUUGGAAAACCAGAGCAAGAAGAUGGGCAGGCAGUAUGAUGACCCCCAAAGUGUCGAUCAUAUUGUUCCCUUCAUCGAGAGCUUUGACUUGCAAGAGAGCAUGUCUGAGAUGAAGGAGCCCGACCCGGCCAACUACAAGAACUUCAACGACUUCUUCUCCAGAGAGAUUCGUGAGGAUGCCAGACCCAUUGACGAGCCAGCCAAUGACCUCGUCGUCUCAUCCCCAGCAGACUGCCGUCUCACAGCCUUCCCCACAAUCUCGCUCGCAACAAAAUACUGGAUCAAAGGCUUCGGCUUCACCGUCUCCAAACUCCUGAACUCUUCUUCUCUCGCCUCCACCUUUGACAAUGGCGCCAUUGUGAUUGCCCGUCUGGCUCCUCAAGACUACCACCGCUGGCACUCUCCCGUCUCGGGCACCAUUGAAAGCAUUACCGAAAUCCCUGGCGCUUAUUAUACCGUCAACCCACAAGCCAUCAAUCAAGAAGGCACCCUCGACGUCUUUUGCGAAAACAGACGCAGUGUCAUGAUUGUGCGAAGAGCUAUCACAAACACCAAAGUCGCGAUUAUCGCUGUGGGCGCCAUGUUGGUGGGAAGCAUCAAGUACAACCAAGGCAUCGAAGUGGGCAGAGAGAUCAGAAGAGGAGAGUGUCUGGGUGCUUUCCAGUAUGGAGGCAGUACGGUGAUUAACCUGUACCAACAAGGUGAUGUUACUUUGGAUGAGGAUUUGGUGCGCAACAGCACAGAGCAUAGUUGUGAGACGCUGGUUAAGGUUGGUUGGAGGGUCGGUGCUAGUGGAGGCGUGGGUGCUUAG